AUGCGUGAAACAAGUGCUGCUAUAGGGUGCGAAAUCAAAGAGAGCAUUGAUGAACUUUCAAAUUUAAGUAUCCUACCUAUCGGUUAUUCGCUAGCGGAAUAUCAUUGUUUACUUAUGGAUGAAAGUAACAACGAUGAUCGAGUCAUUUCGUCGUUGGAUACAAACAGAAUUGGUCAAAUUUAUCUUGCAGGUGCUGGUCUUUUCCAGUGUUAUUACAAUAAUCCUGAGUUGACCAGUAGAACUCGGAUAAUAAUCAAUAAUGAAGAAUUUUUCAAGACAGGUGAUCUUGCUCGUUACAAUGCAAAAAGUGAAUUCGUGCAUGUUGGACGUAUCGAUUCUCAAAUAAAAAUUGAUGAUCAACGAAUAGAAACGGCUGAAGUGGAGAAGACAAUUAUAGCCUGUUGCUUAAAUGAGAUCUCCAACUGUCUCGUGACCAAAUUAUCCCAAGACGAGGAUUUACUCGUAGCUUAUAUCAUCGGUGAUAAGUCGCAGCUGGACACUGAAUUGAUUCGAAAUUACUGCAAAGACCAUCUUUGUAAACACAUGGUUCCAUCCUAUUUUGUUGUUCUCGACAAAUUUCCACUGAAUGCAAACGGUAAAGUAGAUCGAAAACAAUUACCAUUACCAUCGUUGUCCACUAAUGUCCCAAUGAAAUUCGUCAAAGCCGAUGAACUUUUAUCAUCAGUCGUCUCAAAGUUUGACGUUUGUCUUCCUGACAGAACAGUUUCCAAAGGUAAUUUUUCAUGUGCAUAA